CUUCCCAUCAACUCUGACCGGUUUCCCUGAUGUGUUUUUGGUUGUCAUGACCCUGAAAUUAUAAUUCAUUAGGUGACUUCUUCAUUACAGUUUCAAUUAAUGGAUAAUAGCCACUCAAUAAAUUGCAAUUUAUUAGGUGAUUUCACAGGGAGCUUGGAUGGAUGUGAUGAAUCCAAUCACUCAAAACAUUUUUCUUAUUUUUAUUUUUAAAAAAUCUUUGAAAAAUCUUGUCCUUCUGCUUCCAAAUUCUCCUCCUAAUUUGUUCUGACUAUAGCCUAUAACAGAGGUGCCUCCUGAAAUGCACUAUUUGAUGAUAAACAAACAAGCAUAGCAACCAACUAGAAAAGCAGCAAACUCUUCUGGCUUGGGUUCAUAUUCGUCUCCAAUAAUGCCACUCCAGAAUCUUUCUUUUCUAUUUUGGUCAGGACAAGCCACUAAAAAUUUUAGGGUGGCACAACUAACAUAAAAAUAAUUACUAGGUUUUUACAUGUAUGUACUGAUUGAAGAAGACGUAGGCCUAUGUACUGUAUGUGUUUGAGCUGAACAUGAUUCUCCGGGGGGCCCAGUGGGAUGGUCAGCACUUUUUUCCAGUGCCCCCCUCUUGGGGGCGCCACUGGUCUCCAAUUAAAGCUAUUGUGAAGAGCACAUUUCAUUUCCGACCCCUAUCUUGGCUUUCAUGAAACUAGACUCCUGUGCUCAUAAAUAAAAGAACCCCUGUGCGGUGCUGGCUGAUCACUGGAGCUCUUUCAGCUGUAUAAGUGGUGAAAGGCGACAUAAUCGGCCCACAUUAAGAUCCGAACUGAGAUUGAGACACGCACACAGAGAGGACCUGGAGAGACGCUCAUCUGGAGGAACCGCAUAAGUCUCCUGGCGGCAGCAUGAUAAACCCGCAGCAGCAAGGCGAGCCCUUCCGGCACGACCCUCCUCCGGUCUUCGGGAAGCCCUGGUACUGGCAGCGCAGCAGCAGCACCAUGGAGAGCAGCCGCAGCCUGGCGCAGGUCAUCAUGGAGAUGCGCGACGAAAUCAAGAAGUUGGAAGCGGAAAACCGAGAGCUGCGGGGGGACUGUGGUGGUCAGCAUUCAGGGACGGCAGGAGACACCAGCGCUGGAACGGAGCAACCCGCGAUACUGGAAAACCCCUAUGGGAACCUGAGACGGAAUGCGUCUGCGCCAGUCCUGGAGGGACAGUAUAAAGAAAGCACUGCCAUGACUGUGCGAAGGUACUCCACGAGCUCCGGCCUCUCCGGGUUGACAGUGAGAGAGGGAAGAAUCGACAAGAACAGGCAGAGUAACUCAGGAUGGGCUAGACUUCAUGAAGAAAUCCAGCAUGACAGCGAUGUGUUUGGAGAAGCAGAGAAAGCCAACAACCGCCACUCAUUGCAGGAGUACGUCCAUAAAAACAGGGCCAAGGUAAAAACUGUAACCUUCCUUCUCCCCGUUGAUGACAUUUACACCAGUCGACCCGUUCUGACCAAACACCGAGAGGAGCCCAAAAUCACCGGUCUGGCAUCCAUAGCCGAGACUGAGUCCUGAGAGAAAAUGUUAAAAAGACUUCGGACAUAUUAUUGGAACAGGUUGAAGAUCUAAACUGGAACUUAGCAUCCUCAUCUGAGUUUUUUCUUCCCUCCUAACUAGGUCAAUUUAGAUUGGGCUCUUAAUGAGUAAGAAAGCAGACCGAUUUUUAUCACACCUGACCAAGAAACCGGAGUCUCUGAUUACAGGUGUUCUUUUCAUUUGGCCAUGGCAAUCUAUGCCUGGUCAACAGGGAUGAGACGCGGGCCUCUCUGAACAGAGGAUCAGGUGUCCGGACUUCUCUCCCGGUCCGGGCUGUGGUUUCAGGGCGACACAUGUGGCAGCCUUUAUCAGACUCAGCUGUGUUCGCUGACUCUGUCCGUGUGAGUCACGUCACAGUCAUUAUUUAUUCAUCGCUUGUUCUCUUUACAAGGCACGCUGAAAUGCAUAUCCACAACCCCAAGUCAAACUGGCAUCCUGAAGAGGAUUUUAUUUGUAACCUGUGCAAAAUGGGAAUUAAAGGUAUCACCAACAACAUGUGUCCUAUUCAGGAGGUUUUAUUUAGCAACAUUACCCAAUAUCUCACAACCACACAUCAUCCUCAUUAAAAUCUAAAAAUGACACAUGAAACAUCAGUUUUUACUGCCUGAUAAGCAGCAACGUGGUUUAUGUAAUUAUGUAGUCAACUUUUGCAUAAACAAAAUCUAGCUGUGUCCUCUUGUGAACUCUUUUACACAGCAAUGGGAUAAACAUUCGCUAGCAUGUUUUUAUUAAAUGCACAGAGUUAAUUGUUCAAAAUGAAACACAAUCAAAAUUAACACUGGUACAAAAGUAAACGUUUUCCCCAAGUGGAAAUAGUUAUUUUUCGGGAUGUCUAGUGAAUGAGUUACAAGUAAAGCUGUACUGUCAAGCUCAAAAACAGAAUGAGCAAACUAGUGUCUUGUAUAGAGUUCAGUGUUGCACCUGUUAAAGACCAGUUUACAGCUGAUUCUGCUGGACUGAGUAAAUGGAACAAAGUCAGUGAUCUGCUACAUUUGCUCCAAAGUUCAGCAGAUCACUGAAAGUUGAUUCCCCUUCAAAUUUAGCACAUUUUGCGCUUUGACAACAAAUUUUGGUGAAUUUAAAUAGAUUGACAUAGAUAAUUGUGUAAUGAAAGAAAAAUGAGACUUGGUUUCAAAAUAUCUUACAAAAAAAACAUUCAAACGUGUGGCGUACUUCUGUAUUCAGCGCCUUUUAAUCUGAAAUACAAAUUAAUUCAAGUGAAAAGGUUUAAACUUACAGCAGCGCAAAUGGAAACAUGGUUUUCAUUUCCUUCAGGUUCUUAUGUAUACCGUGUUAUACUAAUUACUGUUUUUUGGUCUAUCGCAUAAUAACUGAUCCUAAAAUCAUGAUCAGGUUGUAAAAUGUGAAGAAAAUCCAAGUGGAAAAAUCCAAAAAAAAUCCAACUUUUGCUAAGGACUACAUGCUUAGAAGAAAUUAUCGCAAGUCUUCCACAGCUGUACUCCAAGUAUAAUAAAAAGUUAAAAAUGAUUAGUUGUCUUCUGAGAGCUGAUGUUGAUAGUUUUAUUUAAUAUACGAGGACGAUAUGUCCAGCUCGUCUUUAUAAAUUUGGAGUAAUUAUGAAUUUAAUUGAAGACAAGAGCAAUGGUAUUUUUUUGAUAUCUGAAACUGUAUAUAUAUAUAUAUAUAUAUAUAUAUAUAUAUAUAUAUAUAUAUAUAUACACAUAUAUAUGUGUACGUACACACACACACACACAUAUAUAUGUACAUAGGUAGUACGUACAUACUACCUACCUACAUACAAGAUUGUAUCAUAUGUAUAAUACAAUCUUAUACUCUGUUUAAAGAAAAUGUAAAAAAAAAAAUCAAAGCACUCUUAGUUUGCUUCAACUUGUACAUCAAAAAUCAAUCUGGAAGUGCGUCGCUACACUUUUCCACCCUCUGCUGGUCAGAGCGUGGAAAGUUGAAGAAGAUGCUCAAUGGAAACAUUAAAUUUCUGUUUCAAUAAAACAUUUUAAAAAGAACAACCUGAUCAUAGCCCAAACUAAGGCAUGUAAUUUAAAAAUCAUAAAUUAUUUGGUAACAGGCACCUUUCAUGAUAUCCUAUAUGAAUGGCAGCCACUUCAGAUACUAAACUGACGGCUACUUGAAGAUCUUGGGCUUUCCUUGUUGGACUUUUGACUUUAGUCGAUGUCCUUGUUCUAUUACUAAGUAAGAACUCAGAAAAUCCGACUGCCGAGGCACCAAUAAUGUCAUAAAGAAGAUGAAAGCAGUGAAUCUUCCUGUUGUGUGUAGUGGGUUUUCAGCACGAGGCAGAUUCAGGUAAGAAC